CGCACCAAACCCUAAUAUAUAAACAACCCUAGGUUCUUCACUCCCCUUAAUUAAACCACCAUCAAUCACUAAACCAUGAAGAACACAACCCCCAUUCUCAUAGCAUUCGCCUUCUUAACCAUCCUCAAACUCCACACGGCUCAUCAGUUCCAAGUUGGUGGCGACAAAGGCUGGGUCAUCCCUCCCUCUAACGACACCGAUCACUACAACCAAUGGGCUACCCACAAUCGCUUUAGCAUAAACGACACAUUGCGUUUUGAGUACAAGAAAGAUUCGGUGUUGGUUGUGACCAAAGAAGAACACGAGAAAUGCAAGUCAUCGCACCCUUUAUUCUUCUCUGACAAUGGUGACACUAGUUUUGAACUCAACCGGUCUGGAUUCUUUUACUUUAUUAGUGGUGAUUCUGGUCAUUGUGAACGUGGUCUUAAGAUGAUUGUUAAGGUUUUGGAAGCUGAAAACAACGUUGGUCAUCCUGCAAACCAUACAUCUACUACUACUACUACUACGAGUGAAGCGGCUUCGGUACUAAAGAUGGAUAGUGACACGUUGUCUCAAACUCUUAUGAUCGUAGGAAUCAUCGCGAUGUUUACCGUCUUUUAUAUGUGAUUUUGUUUUUGGAAUUUGGAUGUAUUAGUUUCUAACUACUUUAAGUAAGAUUGUCUUCUUUUUUGUUGCAAAAAUGGAUUGUUUGUAAGCUGGUUGCAAAAGUUUUGGUCACGAAAACAGUUUUUGAAUUUGUGACAGAUUUACAACCGUUUUGUGAA